UUUUCACUUUAAGAGGAAACUUUUCUUCUCUCUGUCUCACAUCAGUCUCACAUCAGGACCCAGCCUGUCAGCUACACAUAUCAUAGAUCUUACCUUCUGCUCUGAGGUACAGUAUGUCUCGUCUGGAGAAGGCCAUUGUAUCCAUGGUGGAGGUGUUUGAGGACUAUGCUACAAAGGAUGAUAAGAAUCGCCAGCUUAGCGGUACAGAGCUCGCAGAGCUGAUGAAGAAAGAACUGGCCAGCCCAGAGUUCCACGGAAAGGUGGAACCAGCAGUGCUCCAGGAGGCGAUGACCAACCUGGAUAAGAACCAUGAUGGAGAGAUCAACUUCAGAGAGUUCUCCAUGUUCUUGGCUACUCUGGCCAGGGGCUACUACAGAGCCAGAAACAAGGGCAAGGGCAACAAGAGCAAGCCUGACAAGCCUGAAUGAGGGGCGAAAAAUUACCUGUUGACAGGUGUGGCCAGUAUCGAGACACAGACACACACUGCUUUUCUAUGAUAAAAGCAAGAAAAUGAUACACUUACUGUAACUUGUAUGGUGCUUUUAAGAUGUCUUCUCAACAUUUCCCCUGUUUUUAAAUGAAAUUUGAUUUUCUUACUA